AUGGCUGAUGCAGCGGCCCCCGACCCCUAUAAGCACACCUCCGACGGAGAUGUCGAGAAGCACGAAGAGGCUCUCCCCGCGUUUCUAGAUGCGUUUGGAGAUGAGGAAGAUGCGGAAGUGAAGUACAAGGUGCUGAGUUGGUGGCAAUGCGGCUUCCUCAUGGUCGCCGAAACCGUCUCCCUGGGGAUUCUGUCGCUCCCUGCCGUUGUUUCCCAGCUCGGCCUCGCACCAUCAAUCGUGCUAAUGCUCGCCAUCGGUCUAAUCGCCACUUACACCGGCUACGUGAUCGGCCAGUUCCGCUGGGCCUACCCGCAUGUCCAGAACAUGGCUGACGCCGGCGAGGUCAUCUUCGGGAGCAUCGGACGCGAGGUCUUCGGCAUGGGCCAGCUGCUGCUGAUCAUCUUUAUCAUGGCGAGUCACCUGUUGACCUUUUCGGUUGCUAUGAACUCUAUCACGGACCAUGGGACAUGCACGAUCGUGUUCGGGGUGGUCGGCUUGGUGAUUUCGUAUAUCCUGUCGCUGCCGCGUACGUCGACAAAUGUCUCGUACUUGUCCAUUGCUUCAUUCUUGAGUAUCUUCACCGCCGUCUUGAUCGCCAUGAUUGGCGUCGGCGUCGACAAACCUUGGACCGGGCCGCUGAACGCUACUGUCGAGACGAGUCUGUACAAGGCGUUCUUGGCCGUGUGCAACAUUGUCUUUUCUUUCUGCGGACACGUCGCAUUCUUCGGAUUCAUGUCCGAACUCAAAGACCCCCGAGACUAUCCCAAGGCUCUCUUCCUGCUACAGGGCACCGACAUCUGUCUGUACAUCGUUACGGCCGUCGUUAUCUACUGCUACGCGGGUGACGACGUCGCAUCGCCCGCGCUGGGGUCUGCUACCCCUAUUGUGCGCAAGGUUGCGUAUGGUAUUGCUUUGCCGACUAUCAUCAUCGGCGGAGUCGUCAACGGCCACGUCGCCGCCAAAUACGUCUACGUCCGACUAUUCCGUAACAGCGACCGCAUGCACAAGACGGAUCUCUUGGCCAUGGGGACCUGGGUGGGUAUCGCCUUUGUGCUGUGGGUUGUGGCAUGGGUUGUGGCCAUGGCAAUUCCUGUGUUCAAUGAGUUGCUCAGUUUAAUUGCCUCUCUUUUCGCAAGCUGGUUUACCUUCGGCUUCACCGGUCUCUUCUGGCUAUAUAUCAACAGGGAUCAGCUAUUCGCGACCCCCGCCAAGAUCGCCAUGACUGUUAUCAACACCAUAAUUAUUGGAAUCGGGCUCUGCGUGUGCGGUCUGGGGUUGUAUGUCUCUGGUAGAGCAUUGCAUGAAAACCCCAGCAGUGCGGCGUUUAGCUGUGCGAAUAACGCGUGA